CUGACAGCCGCGCUCCUUCCCCAGACUGAAGAGGCGUUGUUCCUCUUGGUUUUUGCUCACUCUGCGACUCCACCGACACAAAUUUCCGCUUCCUGCACCGAUAAACACCCGGAGCCGAGCAGACACACGGAGCCGACGCGAAGUUUAAGCGAGGACGGAGACGACAGGCUUUCGCUCCCCCCGCUUUCGGCCUCCAGGAUGUCGGAGCGAGGAGGGCUCCCGCGGACUGGGGGCGUCCCUUCGCCGCACAUGCAGCCCUCCAAGCCGGUCAACAUCACCUCCAACCGGCCCGUCCAUAUGAACCUCUACGCCACCUGGGAGGUCGACCGAUCCUCGCCCAGCUGCGUGCCGAGGCUCUUCAACCUGACCCUGAAGAAGCUGAUCAUGCUGAAGGAGCUGGACAAAGAUCUCACUUCGGUGGUCAUCGCCGUCAAGCUGCAGGGCUCCAAACGGAUCUUGCGCUCCAAUGAGAUCCUCCUCUCCUCUGCAGGACUGACGGAGACCGACUUACAGCUCACCUUCUCCCUGCAGUACCCACAUUUCUUGAAGAGGGAUGCCAACAAGCUUCAGAUCAUGCUGCAGCGGCGGAAGAGAUACAAGAACCGGACCAUCCUGGGCUACAAGACCCUGGCUCUGGGGCUCAUCAACAUGGCCGAGGUGAUGCAGCACCCCAGCGAGGGGGCCCAGGUUUUGGGGCUCCACAGCCAGCUGAAGGAUGCGUCUGUCCCCGUCGCCGAGAUCAGAGUCUACUCCCUGUCCAGCCAGCCCAUCGACCACGAGGGGCCCAAAGCGAAGAUGUCUGAUCGCUCCCCAGACAUUGACAAUUAUUCUGAAGAAGAGGAAGAGAGCUACUCCUCCGAACAGGAGGGCAGCGACGACCCUAUCCAUGGGCAGUAUCUGUAUGACGAAGACGACGAGGUGAGGAAGAAGAAGCCGCGGCGUAAGCUCCCUCCCAACGCCGUCAGCACCAGGCAACCCAACAUCAAGCAGAAAUUUGUCGCCUUGCUGAAGAGGUUUAAAGUCUCCGAUGAGGUUGGUUUCGGUUUGGAGCACGUGUCGAGGGAGCAGAUCCAGGAGGUGGAGGAGGAUCUGGACGAGCUCUACGACAGCCUGGAGAUGUACAACCCCAGCGACAGCGGGCCGGAGAUGGAGGAGACCGACAGCAUCCUCAGCACGCCCAAACCCAAGCUGAGGCCGUUUUUUGAAGGAAUGUCUCAGUCCAGCUCGCAGACGGAGAUCGGCAGCCUAAACAGUAAAGGCAGUCUGGGUCGAGAUACGUUCAGUCCACAGGGGGAUCAGCCUCCCCUGGAGAAGAUGAAACCCUCCCGCAGUCGCAAUCUGGACGAGAUCCCAUCAGAGACGGACACACUGGAGCUGACAGACCAGGAGCUUUUUGCCGAAGUCGGCCCCUGCAUUACAGUGUCCGUGGCAGAGAAACCCCGUACGCCCCUGAAAAGCAGCAAAAAUGAAAUGCAGCCUACAACAUCUCCAAGACUGGAUGGAGGCCACACGCCCAGGCAGAAGCGCAGCAGCAACACGCCCAUGAAGGAGAGGCAGCUGUCCAAGCCUCUGAGCGAACGGACCAACAGCUCCGACUCGGAGCGAUCCCCGGAGCUGGGACACAGCACGCCGGUUCUGAGGAAAGUGGUGUACGAUCAGCUGAACCAGAUUUUGUUAUCAGACUCUGCCCUUCCUGAGAGCCUCAUCUUAGUCAACGCCACAGAUUGGCAAGGCCAGUUUGUUGCAGAGCAGCUUCAAGGACAGAGACACCCGGUGGUCUGCACGUGUUCAGCCGCUGAGAUCCAGGCGGUGCUCUCCGCCGUGCUCACACGCAUCCAGAAGUUCUGCAACUGUAACUCCUCCAUGCCCAGAGCGGUGAAGGUGGUGGCCGUGGGCAGCCAGAGUUACCUGGGAGCCAUCCUGCAGUUCUUCGUCACUCAGCUGGCGAACAAAACCUCCGACUGGCUCAACCACAUGCGCUUCCUGGUGGUGCCUCUGGGAUCGCACCCAGUCGCUAAACACCUGGGAUCCCUCGACAACCGCUACAGCUCCUCCUUCCUGGACGGAGCGUGGAGAGACGUGUUCAGCCGUUCUGAGCCGCCUCAGACGGAUCAGUUGGACAUUUCUGGAAGAAUCAGUCAGUACAUCAGCGGCGCCUCGGUCACUCACCAGCUGCCCAUCGCAGAAGCAAUGCUGACCUGCAAGCACAAAACGCGGGAGGAAGAAUCUUACCAGAAGUUCAUCCCCUUCAUCGGGGUCGUAAAGGUCGGCCUCAUCGAAUCGGCGAGCUCUCCGACAGGAGAUCAAGAGGAGGGCGUUGGAGUCAGCCUGGCCGUCCCGUCGACGUCGCCGCCAUCUCACGGCUCCUCCUCAGGAUUGAUCAAAGAGGCAGCCACACCCCCCUCGUCCCCGUCCAUGGGCAGCGUCCUCUCAGUGCAAGGGAGCCCCAGCAUGCCUCACGGUGUGGACGCCAUCGGCCUGCAGGUGGACUACUGGCUUGCUUCGCUGGCGGACAAGCGGCGGGAGGGCGAGCGGCGCGACACAGGCUGCAAGAACACGCUGAAGAGCGCCUUCCGCUCACUGCAGGUCUGCAGGCUACCAGGAGGGGGCAGCAGCGACCCACAGACCCUGGUUAACACCAUGGCCAUGACCGUGGUCACCAAGGAAAAGAACAAAAAAGUUCCCACCAUCUUCCUGGGAAAGAAGCCCAAAGAGAAGGACAUGGACUCCAAGAGCCAGGUGAUCGAGGGCAUCAGCCGCCUCAUCUGCUCCGCCAAGCAGCAGCAGACCAUCUUGAAAGUAUCCAUAGACGGCGUCGAGUGGAACGACGUCAAGUUCUUCCAGCUGGCCGCGCAGUGGCCCACCCACGUCAAGUACCUACCGGUCGGACUUUUCGGCUACAGCAAGCCCCCGUCAUAGGACUGAGCUUUAACUCCUCCACCUCGCCGGACUUUCUUCUCCCCUCGCUCUUCUCCCCCGCAACCCUUUUUUUUCCCUCUUUUGCACAAAAGACCUGCAGAGAAGACUGAGGAGCAAACAGCCGGACCAUUUUUCGUUCUUCAAUUCCACCAAAAAGAAAGGAACAAAAAAUAAAACAUCACAUUCGUCUUAUUUCUCCAUGGAGGAGGAGGAGGGUGCUGGAGUGCAACGCUGUUACAAGUCACUUUAAUGCUCUUUUUUUAUGUGUGUGUGUGUAGGUGGGUGUGUGUGCGCGCGCGGAUUAGGUGUGCAUGCGCACGUGAAUUUACAUAGUGUUUGUGUGUGUGUGUAUGGGUGAGUUUACAAGGAUAUCACAGCACAAGUUUAUCAGCUAGCAGCCAUUUAUGUUUCCGUUUUAAGGAAUGCAGCAGCAUGUUAAAAAAAAAAAAAAAAAAAAAAAAAAAACCCGACCCACUUUAAGCCCUUACUCUCUAAACCGGACGUUCACAGGCCUCAUCACACCACCUGGUCGACACACAACCUGCGUGCCGGAAACGGUCACUUCCGCUUCAGCUUGCAUGAGCAAUCAAACCACCAAGGCUCCAUCCCUCAAAAGGCAUGAAAAAGUCAUUUCUACAAAAAAAUGAAUCCACUAAUGUACUUCUUCUUUUUUUUUUCUUUUUUUUUUAUCCAUUUCAAGGGCUUCCAUUUAGCAGUUUUUUUUCCUGCAAAACAAACAAACAAACAAAAAAAAUAUAUAUAUGUAGAUGUUCAAAUGCCAAAAAAAAAAAAGAAAAACAAAAUGCUAUAGAUACAAGGAGGGGACGUGUUUUUUAUUUUAGAGUAGUGCUCUUGUGAAAACCAGUAAAACCUUCCCUCCUAUUAACACCGUAUCGUGACGCGUAGUGGUAAAUCUGACGUGCCGUUUUUCUAUCUCUUCAAUCGCUAUGCACCUCUGAACACAUGCGGACCAUUUGAAUGACUUCAGCUUGGCGAUAAAGCAUAGUAACCUGACGAAAUAUGCAGCAGGUGCACCUGCUAAGAACAAAAUGCAUGCUUCAAACGCCCCAACAGCAUCGAAGGGAAUAUGUGGGGUGGGGAAAAGUGUGCUUUUAUUUAUUUUUUUUACCGUAUUUGUUUCUAGAUAGAAGCACAAAUGUCAGCUUGAUUUGGUGUGCCACUUUUUUUUUUUUUUUUUUUGGCAACAGUAAAAACAGAAUAGACCUGAAGAAAAUAUUAGUCUGUGCUCAUCCACCUGAUGACAAUUUAUUGGGGGAAAUCCUUGAGUGAUUUGAGUGCAGGUCUGUUUUCUCCAGGAUGUUGUGAGGUAAUUAGUGACUCCACUGUACAGUAAGAGGUAACAAAUGUGUUAUGUGAUGAAUAAAACAUGACAUGGUCAAAAAGCCCGUAAAGGUUUCACAAAAUAAUAACAGUAAUCAACAAGUGUGAUAAAUAGUUUUCUAUAAUGUGCUGGGAGAUGUGUAGUGUGUGUUUGUGAUGUGGUGAUUAUCGAUAUCACUGAUUAUCUGAUUAGGUGCAGCAGAAGCUGCAGUGGUCAUCUUGUUCACUUUGUAGCUGCACACAAGGCAAAAUGCUGGGGUUUACCUUUUAUUAAAAAAAAAAAUAAAUAAAAUAAAUAAAAAUCCAGCAAAUAUAAACUAUAGAAAUUCUCCAAAUGUGAGUAUCUAUUCAAAUGAUUGACUUGUGACACGUUUAGGAAAAACACAUCGCCUUGUGUCGUCUACAUCGUAACGCUCUCCAUCGCCACUGAAGUGUUACAGAAAAUAGUUUUUUUUUAAAUAGUGUUAACGCUGAUCUCUUUAUUUAAUAUAGUUUGUUUGACAGUAGAGAGGAUGAUAUAUUUUUUUCUCUGCGUUGGUGUUACAGUGUUACAGUUGUGAUGUCAGCGGCGUGUGUCUUUUGUUUUUUUUUUGUUUGGCGCCACCUGAUGGAUGAAUCUUCUCCGUUCACGGUUCACACUCUGUCUCCUCCUGAUCGAUUUUUAAUAAGUUAUUCUUUAUAUCUGAAUGUAUCUUCUUUGGUUGCUCUUUACUGAGUUUUAGAAAUGAAUUAUCCCACCGACUGAUUUUGACAAGCCAUUCUUCCUGAACUUUCAAUUUUUUUUUUUUUUUUUUUUUUUUUUUGAUUGAGAGAUUCAUGUUAACAGCUCGGUUUUAGUCGUCCAUCAGAUAUUGUUGUACUGUUGAUUUGACCUGGAUGUUGCUCAAACUAAACCUGAGCUGAGAGGUUCAUUCCAAACUUGAAGCUGCAGAAACGCUAGACUGAUGUGCUGUUUCAAAAGAAAACUACACUCAAUUUAAAACAUUAUAACCAAGAUCUAAGGUUUAUUAGAUCUAAAGCAAAUUAAUGGAAGCAAGUUUUUGAUCCUCAAGUUCUGAACUCAAGCAAUGUGUGUGUGUUGUUUAAUAUUAUCUUUUUAAAUCAUUUAAGAAAACGUAUAUGGUUAUACACAGUACCAAACUAACACUUUAUUCAACUCUAUGCUGUGUAUCGGCUUUAAAACUGGGUAACUUUAAAGUGCAGCAAAAUAACACACUAUUUGAUCUCCUUUAGUGUCAUAAAAUGCAAUGUUCAGUUUUCUUGACGCCAACAGAUGUUUUGACCCAAAGAAGGUUCUGCAGGUUUGCUGAAGGGCUAGGCUAAAAGUUAGCAUCUGUAAUCUGCUUUGACUUUUGCUGGUCGCAUCUUUCAGUGUGAUUCCAGUUAAUUGUCGACACAUAAAAAGAUACUGAAAAGCUGUUGCCCUUCUGCUUUAGAAACCGAGCGCUCUGCCUUGAUCGUCACACAUUUAAAUGAACGACGUUUCAGCCGCUCUCGACUGAGUUUUCCCUGAAGCCACAUCGUCGUAGAUGCAACGAGCAGACUGAAAAGAGGCUGCAGCAGCCAGUACAGUCUCUUCUUCUUCACUGUGAGCAUCGUUGUAAAAGACUCGAAGCACUUCACAAAGCAAUAGCAAGACAGUUGUUAAAAACUAAUAUCCAGCUUGCUUCUCACUGCCCCAAACUGGUCAGUCAAUUCUUGGUAAUAGGAGAGAAUUAUUCACCAAAACAGGGAAGCCUAAAGCUUGAACACCAUUAUGCCUUCUAACAACUUUCUCCAAUUUUGUUCCUACUUCUUACAAGUCUGAAUUAAGCUUUUAAAGAUUUAGUAAAUUUGAGAAUUUGGACAAACUGUGUGCAUUUGGAAUGAAAUCGUCAGUGUUUUUGCCCGUUGGAGAUUUGUGACCUAAAGCCCAGUUGAGAGCAACAAUUUUGUACUCUUGUCAAAAAUGUUUUGUGUUGAGGUUAUUGCAACAAUUUGGCUUUCUUAUUUAUUGAUUAAUCCUCUGUUUGCACCCUCAGAAGGAGGCCAGAGGUCAACGUAAAUUGGAAAUAUCUCACUGAAUACUGCUCAAAAAUGAACGUUUUAAUUAUUAUAGUAAUAUUUUCAAGUUUGGUUUAUUUUUGUUUGUUUGUUAUAUUUUCUUGGAUUUUGUCCAAAAACAGUGUUUACCAUCAUUUCAGCGAACGACAAAUUGCCUCAUCACCUAAUGUUUCCUACAGUCUCUUUGGAGUUGCUGGUUGUUCUGUGUGUAAGUCGUCAACUUGUUGCUGCGAGUGAUUCCUUUACCUGUACCUCUGUGUUUGUGUCAACCAGUGAUUGUCGCUGUGGUUCCUCUGUCUGUGGUUGGAGAUUACGAGCCGUUCCGUGCGUCUGUAAUCUCUCUCUUUCUCUCUCUCUCUCUGUGUGAUCAGCAGAUAUGUCUUUUUCACCAGGCUUCCACAAGCUCACCUCCCUGGGAAAAACACACCGUCCCCUGUUCCUUCGCAACUUGUAAAUCGCCCAUGUGUCCUCAGAGGAACAGGGGAGGUGGGUUUUCUGUUCAAAGCAGUCGAUUUCUGCCUGAGAGCAGAGUUUCCUGAGCUUGUGGACUUGUGAAGAGUAUUUUGCACAUACCAUUUUUCUUAAGCAGCAAUUUUAUUUUUUUUUGCCUUCUGCCUAUAACAGCAGUUAUAAUAAACCAACUAUUAUGCUUGUACAUACAAGAUAGUACUUGAUAUAUUUUUGUUUAAUUAUGUUUUUGUUCAUUCUACAUGUUUUGUAGUACUGCUUUUUUUCCAUGAUUGCGUCUGUCAGUAGAACAGAUGUGGGGUCAAUAGUGAAAGUGCUCAUUAUGUUUGUUAGUUUUUUUGUUUUUUUUUUAAAUAAAGAUAUUCCUCGUUUGUA